GGGGCUGCGGCAAAACUGCACAGAUCACCCAGAAUAAUAAACCGUAACCCUGCGGAUACUGAAUAUCACAUCACUCCACUCGGCAGAGACCAUCUGCACUAACACCUGGCGCUCACAAGACACAAGCGUACAUUUCAGAUCAAGAUAUAUUAUUAUCACUGUGUACUGUGUGCCACACUGGUGUAAAGAGAGGACAGCGCUAAAUGUCAGAGAGAUGCAGCUGAACAGAUGUGCGGAUUAUACUAUCAUGACGCGGAGCACGUUUGAUUUUUGAAAACCUGGCACACAUACGGGGAACAAAAAAAAUGGUAUUCUGGAGGAGUACAUCUCGGGCGCUGAGCAGACUGCGCUGCAACAGCCGGGACGCAGAAUAGAGGCUACGUUGUCUUUGACUCCUGCAGCAGUACCACACAUUAUAAGACUGCACAAAAGAGCGCCUCCUAAAAAAAUACAAGACGAUCACAAUGACACACUCUUAACUGAAAAGCCCCGACGCGCUGUCCGCAAUGUAUGAGUCCAAGGAGAUUUCAGUGAAUAGGUGACUGAGAAACAUAACGGUCCGCUGGUGUGUGAGAGUAGAAGGUGGAGCUGGUGGCGGGUACGGUUUUUUCUUGCGGAGUUGGACUGCACACACUGCAGAAGAGAGAUCUGCCGAGCGAAUGAGUAACCAAGGCGCUUAGCAGGACUGUAAACGUGUAAACGAUGGCAGCCACGGAGGGUGUAAGGUUGCCACGGGUGACGGUUCUUCAUGAAUAUGUUGGCAACAGGGUUUUUGAGGUGCCCACUUCUGCAGCCAUCAGAGACAUCAAGCAGCUCAUCUGUGCAGAAACAGGUUUCCCUGUCUCAGAGCAGAAGCUGCUCCACAACGGGAGAGAGUUACCUGACCGGACUGAGAUCAGAAAGCUGCUACCCGCUGGAAUCAAUGACAUCUUCAUGACGCUUCAAGGAAGGGGGCUGAAAGGGGGAGGCAGAUUCGGACAAACGACCCCACCGCUGGUUGAAUUUCUGAAAGAUAUUUUAAGAAGGUACCCAGAGGGAGGGCAGAUUCUGAAGGAACUUAUUCAGAAUGCAGAAGAUGCGGGCGCCAGUGAGGUUAAGUUCAUGUACGACGAGAUUGAGUAUGGAAGGGAAUCUCUUUGGUCAGAUGACAUGGGCCAGUACCAGGGAUCAGCUCUGUAUGCCUUUAACAAUGCCGUUUUUACCAUGGAGGACUGGAAUGGCAUUCAAGAAAUAGCAAGAAGCAGAAAGAGAGAGGAUCCACUUAAAGUUGGCAGAUUUGGGAUUGGAUUUAACUCAGUGUAUCACAUAACAGAUGUCCCCAGCAUUUACAGCGGUGACCAGAUUGGAAUACUGGAUCCCCAUCAGACACUCUUUGGACGCCACGAAUCUGGCCAGUGCUGGAAUCUAAAAACAGACGUCAAGGAGAUCUCGGAGCAUGCGGACCAGUUUGCCCCUUACGUUGGCAUUUUCGGGAGUUCUGAGAAGACUAUCAAAGAUGGCAGCUUUCCUGGCACCCUGUUCCGGUUCCCCCUCCGGGUCAAGCCCUCGCAGCUGAGCAGCAACAUCUACAACAAGGAGAAAGUCCUGGAGCUCUUUGAGUCUUUCAAGGCCGACGCAGACACAGUCCUUCUCUUUCUUAAGAGUGUACAAAAGGUGUCUUUGCACGUGCGGGAGUCUGACGGCACGGAGCGAAUGCUCUUCAGGGUUACUGCCAUUGAGAACGAAGAGCUGAAGCUUGAGCGACCAAACUCCUUAAAGACCUUGGGCUUGGCCAUUGAUUGUUACAACAACGGUGUCCCCAGCAGCAGUGUGGAAUGCGCCACAUAUCAAGUCAACAUAGUGACCGAGGACGAGACAGCCAAGGAGACGCAGAAGACCUCCUGGCUGGUGUGCAACAGCGUGGGUGGCCGUGGGAUGUGCAGUGAGCUGGACUGCCUGGCGGAUGACCUGAAGUUUAUCCCCACCAUCGGCAUCGCCAUGCCCUUGUUGGUCAUGGAUGAGGACGAGGGAGCUGCGCCGGGCUUCUCAGGGAGGGCGUUCUGCUUCCUACCACUGCCCCCUGGAGAGGAAAGCAUGACCGGCCUGCCUGUCCACGUCAGUGGCUUCUUUGGGCUGACUGACAACAGGAGGAGCAUCAAGUGGAGAGAAGUGGACCAGUGGCGGGAUCCUGCGGCCCUCUGGAAUGAGCUCCUCAUUGCCAACGUGGUUCCGAGGACCUACUCCACGCUUCUUCUGGAAUCGAUAAAGAGAAUCCAAACAGCGAAGGACCAAGACUUCACACUCUCAGCUGAAGGAGUCUACAGGGCCUGGCCAGACCUCAGACAAAUUAGGGCUCGCUGGAAACCCAUCCUGGAGCCUCUCUUCAAGGACCUUCUCCAGCAAGCCGUCGUCUUAUCCAUUGACCAGUGCUGGUUGAAGGUGGACGCUGUGGUCUUCACUGAAUUGGAUAACACCAUUGAGCGCACAGAGACCGUGAUCAGCUACCUCCAAAGCUCAGGAAUACAGGUUGCCGAGGUGCCUGCCAAUGUGGCCAUGGCUCUGAACUCUUACUUUCCAGACCCCAAGGCGGUGAAGAAAGUGACCCCUGCCCUGGUACGACAGGUGCUGCGCAAGUCUAGGCACAAAGGGGCAGCCCAGGAGAAGCUAGACCUGCUGGAGUUCAUUCUCAGCGAUGACGGAUACAGCGAGCUUAUUGGGCUGGAGCUACUGCCCGUGCAGAAUGGCACGUUUGUGGCUUUCUCCUCUUCCAUAGCCGAUAAGGAUGCCGUUUACAUGGUCUCCGAUGACUGCCCAAGGUCCUUGUUCCCGGGUCUGGAGGGAAGAUUUCUAUCAGAAAACAUAAAACCUUCAGUCUUGGCAGCCCUGAAGGAGGCAGCCAAAAGCAGAGUACAGCAGCUUCUCUGGGGAUUUUCAGGAAGACCCUGCACUCAGCUGCAGCUUCUGACACCUGAGCGCUCGGCGCGUCUCAUUAAGGAAAUCUUGACAGCAGCUUGGCCUGUGCGAGACAUGGCAGUCCAGUGGUUCCCAGGAAACCAAGAGAAGAAACACCCUACCAUCUCCUGGCUUAAACUGGUGUGGAAGUAUCUGUACAUCAAUUUCCCAGAGGACCUUGGCAUCUUUGAAGACAUGCCUUUGAUCCCAAGUGUGCCCUUAGAAGAUAAUCUGAAUGUCUUGGAGCUGCUGAGGCUAAGAACUCCAUCCCCAAUUAUUUUGGAACAUGAGGAGGAAUCGGCACUUCCUGAAUGCCUUCCCGAGAUCAUUGUGAAACUCGGAGGGUUUGUCAUCAAAGAACUGGAUCCAUCGUUGCAGCACCCUCUGCUUAAAAAAUACACCCACCCAUCUUCCCCCAGCUCAAUACUCCAAAUCAUGGACAGGGCUUCCACUCAGAAAGUGGCCAGUCAGGUUUCAGCUUUCUCUCCGAAGCAAAAGGUUGCGCUGAGAUGCUUCUUAGCUGGCUUGCCAGAUGCCAGCGAGAAAGAGCGAAGGAUUCUUCAAGAUCUAAUGAUAUUUCAAAAGCUAGGUCUAUUGUCAGAGAAAGAUGUGGCUGAGUUUGCUGUUCUGAGGGGUAGCAAAGCUUUGCAUCACACAGCAAAACUCCCUCCAAACACUAGGCUGUCCAUCACCGUCAUUGACAACGUUGAUGAAGCUACCAUUCGUCUUGUUAGAAUGCUGAGUUUGGAGCAACUUAAAAGCACAGACUGCUUAAAGGUGAUCAUUCAAGAUAUUGAAAAGGGCUUUUAUUCAAAAGAGGAAACAGCUACUAUCAUGUUCUGGGUUCUUAAACAUUUGUCCUUCUUAAAAAAUGAAAACCCACUGGUAUUAGAGUGGCUGGCAUCCCUUAAGUUUAUUCAGAUCUCGCAAGGAAAGCUUGUGGCAGCCACUGAACUCUUCGAUCCUGACAUAGAGAUUUUACAGAGCUUGUUUUACUCAGAUGAAAAAGCACGGUUUCCCCCGAUUACGUUUACCUCAUCCCCUGAUCUUCUUCAUUCUUUAAGGCAGUUGGGCUUAAAAAACGAAGGUCAGCUAAGUGAAAAGGACAUUCUGCAGGUGGCGAAGAAGAUCGAAGAGUUGCAGAGCAGCAGCAAGUGUGAACAGGAUCUGCUCUCGAUUAAGGCUAAGACGCUCUUGGGAGUACUGAACAAGCAGACAAAGCUUGUGAAGUCAGCUGAAGCCCAAGUGACCUUACAGAAGCUAAAAUGGGUCCCAGUCUGCAAAGAAAGACCUCUAAACUAUCCACAUUCCCUGGCAUGGAAGGGAGAUGCCUUAAAUCUCUGUUCUCUAAAUAAUAUGUGUGAGGUGGCUCAUGCUGUGUUGGUGGGAUCAUCGGUUGCCCUUGUAGAGCAUAUUUCUGGAGGAAUGAAAAAGGCUCUUAAACUGUCCAUAGAGCCUCAAGUAGAUCAGGUGCUACAGCAUUUGAAGGCUGUCAUUGACUGGCAUAGGUCGCAGGCGUUCACAACCGAAGACUGGUACCAGUUUCAACAGAUACUUCUGGAAAUAUAUGACUUCAUACAGGACCAUUUGGAUAGUGCUGGAGAAGCUUUGAAAGCACAGACUUCCGCUUGGGUGUGGACUGGCAAAACUUUCUCAUCACCAAUGCAAACUGUUUUAAAAUCCAUCCCGGACCUCGAUCUACAGCCUUACUUGUAUUCCUUACCAAAAACCAUGGAUAAAUUCCACAAGCUGUUCCGGUUUUGUGGAUCAAUUGAACAAGUACUGCCUGGCCAUGUGUUUGAGGUUAACAACAUCAUUAAAGAACGGUGUGAGCAGAACAUGACACAAGAAGAGAGCAAGCAGAACCUGCUGCUUUUGCUAAGCAUCCUUAGGUGGAUGUAUAGUUCUCAAAUUUCUGUAGAUCUUGACACACCUGUACCCAUCCUUUACAAUAAAGAUCCCAGCAGAUUAGUCAUGAGACCCAUCCACGAGUGUAGCUACUGUGAUAUAAAAGUGGAUGACCUGAAUGACUUGCUCGAUGAUGCUUCAGAACCAAUUAUUUUAGUUCAUGAUGAUAUCCCUAUGAAAACUGCAGAGUGGCUGAAAGUGCCAUGUCUGAGCACAAGAUUAAUCAACCCUGAAAACUUGGGCUUUGAACAGUCUGGUCAACGGGAGCCUCUGACAGUACGGAUAAAGAACAUUUUAGAAGAGUAUCCAUCUGUGUCUGAUAUCUUUAAGGAGCUGCUGCAGAAUGCAGAUGACGCCACCGCAACAGAAUGCAGCUUCUUGAUUGACAUGCGAAAAAACCUGGACAUCCGUGAAAACCUUUUAGAUCCAGGUAUGUCAGUUUGCCACGGUCCAACCUUGUGGUCCUUCAACAACUCAGUCUUCUCCGAUACAGAUUUUAUGAACAUCACUAGGCUUGGGGGGUCAAUGAAGAGAUGCGAAGUCGACAAAGUGGGUAAAUUUGGACUGGGCUUUAACUCUGUUUACCAUGUCACCGACAUUCCUAUCAUAAUGAGCCGAGAGUUCAUGAUAAUGUUCGAUCCCAACAUCAACCACUUGAGUAAACACAUUAGGGACAAGUCCAAUCCUGGAAUAAAGAUCAACUGGAGUAAGCAGCAGAAGCGGCUAAGAAAGUUCCCCAACCAGUUCAAGCCCUUUAUUAAUGUCUUCAACUGCCAGCUUCCACUUUCGUUAGAACGACCUUACAAAUACAAUGGAACUCUCUUCCGACUUCCUUUCCGCUCUGAGCAGGAAGCCGCUGUGAGUGAAAUAAGCAGCAUCUACUACAACACAACAGACAUUUACUCACUCGUGGACGAGUUCAGUAUGUGUGGGCACAGGCUCAUCCUUUUCACCCAGCACGUCGAUUCCAUGGUUUUGAAAUACCUAAAGUCUGAAGAGCCAAACCCUUCGACCUCGCAGGAUGUAGUCACCAUCAAGAAAACUGUGUGCUCCGCCAAAGCCAUGUAUGGGCCAGUAAGCAUCUUAAAGGCAGCAGCGAAGGUGAUGAAGAAAGUCGCAAGCACUAACAGAGUGCCCUCUGACAUUCCAAAGUCUUCCUGCAUCAUUCGGAUAGUGGUCGAAGAGUUCCACCAUGUUUUCAGACGCAUCAUUGAUCUUCAGUCCCCCCUUUUCAGAGGCCCAGAUGAUGACCCUGCUUCCUAUUUUGAGAUGGCUGCAAAAGGAUCCCAGGGCAAAAGGGGCAGCGAUGAUGUGCCACAGAAAUCAAUAGAUCUUACAAGUUGGCUUAUUUCUUCCUGUAUGGAUUUCGGCGAGGCGCUUAAAUUUUCACUGAAUGAAAGUGGAAGGAGACUUGGAUUGGUCCCAUGUGGUGGUGUUGCUGUUUUGCUUUCGGAAACAGAGGACAACACGUGGACUGUGAAGAUUAACGCCAAUCCCAUCGGAGAAGUGUUCUGCUAUUUGCCCCUCAGAAUUAAAACGGGAUUGCCCGUCCACAUCAAUGGUUGCUUUGCUGUCACAUCUAAUCGUAAGGAGAUUUGGAAAACAGACACAAAAGGCAGGUGGAACUCCGUGUUCAUGAGGCAUGUGAUAGUCCAAGCUUAUUUGGAAGCAAUGAGCGUGCUCCGUGCCAUGUCAGUAAACGGGGAGUUGGUCAACUACAACUACUAUGCAACCUGGCCAGAUCCCAGUGUAGUGCAUGACGAUUUUGCUUUGAUCUGUCAAGGGGUGUACCAAGAAAUUGCAAAGGGUGGUGACAAAGCAGUUGCAAAGGUGUUCUCUAAUGGCAAAGCCUGGGUAUCCAUCAAUGAUGUGAGGUUUCUGGAUGAUUCUUUGCUGAGCAGACCAGACAUUGGCCCUUCUGCCUUCCAGAUCUUUUUGAAAUACCUUUGGAAGAGUGGAUCCCAAAACCUCUGUGCUGUUGAGCUUCCUGACUGGGUUAAAGAAGGCUUUGAAGAUGCCGGAUGCAAAGGCGUGCUGAUGGAAAAUACUUUAACAGAGAAGCAGUUUUUCUCUGAUGUGUUUUUUCCACACAUUCAGGACAUUGAGAAAGAGCUGCGGGAUCCCUUAAUGCAUUAUGUCCUCAAUGAAAAGGUAGAGGAGUUUGCAUCCAUCCUAAAAGUCACACCAUGUGUCCCAUGUUCGGCCAAGUCACAGCAGCUGGUUCUACCUUCAAGACUUAUCCACCCAGAGGGAAGAGUUGCCAAGCUGUAUGACACUGAAGAUGGACGAUUCCCACAUGGAACCACACAGGACUAUCUAAAUCCAGUCUGCUUGGUCAAGCUUGUACAGCUGGGAAUGGUUAAGGAUGACAUUUCUUGGGAGGAUCUGGUAGAGCGUGCCAGGUCUGUAGCAGCUCUGAAUAAAAGUGACCAUACUGCAGCAUGUCACAGAAGCAGCAUCAUACUAAGUCUGAUUGAUGAGAAGUUGAAACUACGAGAGGACACAGUUAAUGAGUUUGCAGAAAAACUUAAGACCAUUCACUUCCUUCCGUUUCUGACAAAGCCUGCAGGUUUCUCAUUACCUUGGCAUGGGAAUAGUUUCGAGCCUUUGACCAUGUUUGCAGCCACCGACCUUUACACAACUGACCACCAGGACACAGUUUGCCUGAUGAAACCCAUUCUCAAUGAAAAUUCUCCUUCCUUCAAAGGAUGUGGUCCUAUCACCCUGGCAGUGAAGGACUUUUUAGGGUUGCUGCGGAAGCCAACUAUUCAGCUCGUAAUAAACCAACUAAAGGAGCUUUCCAAAUCAUUUGAUGGGGUAACCUUGUAUCAGGAAAACAUAACCAAUGCCUGCUACAAGUACCUUCAUGAGGAAAUGUUGCAAAAUGAAACUGCCAAGGAACAGAUCAUGGAAGAACUCAAACUCUUCAACUCAAUCCUUGUUGAAAACUCCUAUGUCGACCCAGCAAAGGUUGCUUUCCAUCUUAACUUUGAUGCAGCUCCAUACCUUUUCCAGCUGCCCAAUAAAUACAGGAACAGCUUUCGUGAACUGUUUGAAAAUGUUGGGGUCCAGUCUACCUUUGUGGUUGAAAAUUUUGCUGCAGUCCUCCAAUUGGUAAAGAAGGACUGUGGCCGAAAACAGCUCACAGAACACAACUUCCAGCUCUGCCGCAGAAUCAUUAGCGAAGGGAUCUGGGGUCUCAUUAGGGACAAAAACCAAGAAUUCUGUCAAAGCAGAUUUGGAGAAAUUCUGUUACCUGACACCCUUCUAACACUCCAAGAAGCCAAAUCUCUCUGUUACAAUGAUUGUCCCUGGAUCAGAGUCAGAGACACGUCUGUGAAGUACUGCCAUGCAGACAUACCAAGAGAAGUGGCAGUAAAACUGGGCUCUGUGCCCAAGCGCCACAAAGCCCUGGAGCGAUACGCAUCUAAUAUUUGUUUCACCACUCUUGGAAGUGAGUUCGGACAGAAAGAGAAGCUCACUAGCAGAAUUAAAAGCAUUCUCAAUGCUUAUCCAUCAGAGAAAGAAAUGUUGAAGGAGCUUCUCCAAAAUGCAGAUGAUGCUAAAGCUACAGAAAUAUACUUUGUGUUUGAUCCCCGAGAACACCAAGCAGACAGGAUAUUCGAUGAUAAGUGGAUUCCACUUCAGGGGCCAGCACUCUGUGUCUAUAAUAACCAGCCUUUUACAGAGGAUGAUGUUCGAGGAAUCCAGAACCUUGGACGAGGGACAAAGGAAGGGAACCCUGGCAAGACUGGGCAGUAUGGUAUAGGCUUUAAUUCAGUGUAUCAUAUCACUGAUUGCCCUUCUUUCAUUUCCAACAAUGACAUUCUUUGCAUCUUUGAUCCCCAUGCGAGAUAUGCACCAGGAUCCACAUCUGUUUGCCCUGGAAGAAUGUUUCGGGACUUGGAUGCAGAAUUUAGAACCCAAUUUUCAGAUGUCCUCAAUCUCUACUUGGGAGAUCAUUUUAAGCUUGCGGGUUGCACAAUGUUUAGAUUCCCAAUCCGCAAUGUGGAAAUGGCAAGGGUGUCAGAAAUCUCAUCAGUUCCUGCUUCGGAUAGGAUGGUGCAGAAUCUCCUGGAUAAGCUACGAGCUGACGGAGCCGAGCUCCUCAUGUUCUUGAAUCACAUGGAGAAAAUAUCAAUCUGUGAAAUUGAGAAGAAUACGGGCGACCUAAAAGUCUUGUAUUCUGUGACUGCCAAAAUCACAGACGGGGAUAGGCUUAAACGCAAACAGUUCCAUGCUUCUGUAAUAGACAGUGUAACCAGAAAGAAACAGCUGUCUCAAAUACCUGUCCAGCAGAUCACCUACACUAUGGAUAUGGAGGACUCUGAGAGCAAUUUGACAACCUGGUUGGUGUGUAACAGAUCUGGAUUCUCCAACAUGGAAAAGGUCUCCAAAAGUGUAAUAUCUGCACACAAGAAUGAAGAUAUAACACUUUUCCCUCGUGGAGGGGUUGCUGCCUGCAUUAGCCAUAAUUAUAAAAAGCCCCAUAGAGCUUUUUGCUUCCUGCCUCUGUCUUUGGAAACAGGCCUGCCAUUCCAUGUGAAUGGGCACUUUGCUUUAGAUUCAGCCAGGAGAAACCUCUGGCGGGAUGAUAACGGAGUUGGUGUGCGAAGUGACUGGAACAACAAUCUCAUGAUGGCUGUGAUAGCGCCAGCUUACGUGGAACUCUUGAUUCAGCUGAAAAGACGAUUCUUUCCAGGCUCUGAUCCCACCAUGACAGUAUUUCAAGGCACACCCAUCCAUAUUGUGAAGGACACUUUGAAAAAGUUCCUCUCCUUCUUCCCAGUCAACAGACUUGACAUUCAGCCAGACUGGUACUGCCUUGUCAAGGCAGUGUACAAUUGUAUCCAUGCUGACUUGAAGCGUCUACUUCCUGUGGUGCGGGCUCCUCAUAUGGACAACAUUGAUUUGCAUGCUGCAAUUUACAUUUCUUGGGUGAACACAUCCUCUGCCAAUAAAGGUAGAGCCUUUUUUGACAACCUUCUACAGGAUGAAUUACAGCACCUUAAAAAUACAGAGUACAACAUCACCACACGCAAAACAGUUGCAGAGAAUGUCUACAGGUUGAAAACCAUGCUUUUAGAUGUUGGAUUUAACUUAGUUCACAACUGUGAUGAGACAGCAAACCUCUACUACUGCCUCGAAGAUGCUGGGAUUCCAGUGAGCUACGUGACGCCAGUAGAUGUCCGAGCCUUCCUGCUCACUUUUUCAUCUCCAGACUCAAACUGUCAGGUCGGGAAGCUGCCAUGUCGGCUUCAGCAGUCUAACCUCAAGCUGUUCCAUAGCCUCAAACUUCUGGUUGACUAUUGCUUCAAAGACGCAGAAGAGGAUGAAAUCCACACAGAAGGACUGCCGUUGCUGAUAACGAUGGACAACAUUCUACAGGUCUUUGAUGCCAAACGGCCAAAGUUUUUGACAACACAUCAUGACUUGAUACCCUCUCGGAAAGAACUUUUCAUGAACACCCUUUACAUGAAGUACAGCAGUAUUCUCAUGAAGUCCGGUGUUGCAAAAGUCUUUGACAUCAGUAGCUUUGGGGAUCUGUUGUCAUCAGUGCUGCCCCGGGAGUACAGGGCAAAGACCCCUGUGAGGUGGAAGGACAAUUACGCCAGUGAGUCUUGGCUCAAGAAUGUAUGGCACUUUACUACAGAGAAUGUCUGUGUCAAAGAGGAGCAGUCCGAUACUAAACCCAAGUUCGAAACUGUCCUCGAUAUCCUGAAAGACUGGGCUUUGCUCCCGGGGACCAAAUUCAUGGUUUCUAGCAAUAAGUUAGUUGUUCCAGAACAUGAUGUUUUGUUACCCCUCAGCCUGAUAUAUGCUGCUAUUUUCCCAAAUGGACAGACUGACAAAGUCUUUCAUACCUUGAUGAAAGGGGGGUGUAUUCAGCUGGCACUAAACAAAAUCUGCUCUAAAGAAAACUCUUUGGUGCCUUUGCUGGCCAUACACACAGCAAAUAUAGACAAUCCUUCAAGUAUUCUCAAAGCACUGGACUACAUGAUCCAAACCUCAGCCUUCAACACAGAGGGUUUACUGGACAAUGACUUUGAAGCCCUUCUCUUGUACUUCAAUUGCAAUUUAAAUAAUUUGUCUCAGGAAGAUGUACAAAGUCUGAAGUUGCUUCCCUGUUACAAGUCCAUCAGUGGUCGCUACAUCAACAUCUCAAAAUUUGGGUCAUGCUUUGUGCUAACAAAAAGCAUUCCCUCUGCUGACAUGGAAAAAUGGGCCCAAUCCAUAUCAUCAGCUUUUCUUGUUGAUAACACCCAGCUGAGGGAACUGUACACUUUCCUUGGGUGUGUUCCUAUUGAUGAUCUUGAGGUCUACCUAAAGCAUCUCCUACCCAAGUUUGACAGCCUUUCCUACGAUGCAAAGAUUGAGCACCUUCUGUAUCUCAAGAACAGGCUUUCAAAUAUAGAGGAUUCCUUGGGAAUAAAAGACCAACUUUUUGAAAAGCUUGAAGGUCUCUCCUUUAUUUAUGAUGCCACCAACAGGCUAAAGCCUGCAAAAACAUUCUCUGAUCGAACUGUGAAAGUGUUCGAAGUGAUGUUACCAGAAAAGGCAUUUAUACCCCCAGAGUUCUUCAAGAAAUUAGAGCAAGCUGCAAAACCCAAGAAUGGAGCCUCAUUCCUUACCUCGUGGAUAACAUUCCUGAGAAACAUCGGGUUAAAACACACCAUUUCCCAGCUGCAGGUGCUGCAGUUUACUAAAGAAGUGAGCAUAAAAGCCCAGACAGAAAAAUGGUCCAAAGACAAAGUGCAAACCGUAGUCGAUGUCCUCCUCAAUCAUAUUUUCAAUGAACGGACGGAUCUGUUUUUGGGCACCUUUCUAAAGGAGUUGUCGAUGACACCAUUUUUAUGCCCAGAACGUGCUCCGGCUGAACUUGUCCGGCUUCACCCUCAGCAUCAAGAAGUUAACGGAACGCUUCCUCUAAUCCGCUUUAAUGGGUCUCAGGUCAACCCGAAGUUUAAGCAAACAGAUUUCAUGCAGUUGCUUUGGACAUCCUGCCCCAUUCUGCCAGAGAAGGCAACGCCAGCAAGUAUUAAAGAGCAGGAAGGGAGCAGUCUAGGUGCGCAAGAACAGCUGGAUCAGGUUUUGGCCCUGCUGAACGUCAACUUGGAUCCACCUCUGGACAAAGUCAUUAGCAACUGCAAGAACAUCUGCAACAUACCCAACGUAGAUGAUGACAUGAUCAAAACUAGGGUAAAGGUUUUAAGGAGCACUUACGAAUUUCUCAAUGCAGACAAGAGGGAUUUCCGCCAGCAGUUACGAGGAGUGGCGUUUGUUAUGGUUGAAGAGGGCUGGAAGCUGCUUAAGCCAGAGGAGGUUGUCAUUAACCUUGACAGUGAAGCUGACUUUAAACCCUACUUAUUUAAAUUGCCUUUGGAACUUGGGACUUUUCACCAGCUGUUCAAACUCUUGGGAACUGAAGAUGUUGUGUCUACUAAGCAGUAUGUUGAAGUCCUGUGCCGCAUAUUCAGGAAUUCAGAAGGCAAGCAGCUUGAUCCUAACGAAAUGAGAACUGUGAAAAGGGCAGUGUCAGGUCUCUUCAAGAGCCUCCAAAAUGAACCUGUCCAAAUUCGACAAGACCUGGAAAACCUGAGGAACGUAACUUUGUAUCUCCCAAGCCAUGACGGACGACUAGCAAAAUCCAACACACUGGUUUUUGAUGAUGCCCCGCAUUACAAAAGCAGAAUUCAGGGCAACAUUGGUGUUCAGAUGCUUGUUGACAUGAGCCAGUGCUAUCUGGGCAAAGAUCAUUCCUUCCACACCAAGAUGAUGGUACUGCUCCCUCAAAAACUGAGGCCAAGGCUCCUUAGCAGUAUAUUAGAAGAGCAGUUAGAUGAAGAGACUCCCAAAAUGUGUCAGUUUGGGGCCCUCUGCUCACUUCAGGGCCGCCUGCAGUUACUCCUCUCAUCAGAACAAUUCAUCACUGGGCUUAUCCGUAUUAUGAAGCAUGAGAACGACAAUGCUUUCUUAGUCAAUGAAGAAAAAGCUAUUAGGCUGUGCAAAGCCCUUCGCGAAGGCCUAAAAGUGUCUUGUUUCGAGAAGCUGCAGACGACCCUGCGAGUAAAAGGCUGCAACCCUAUUGCUCACAGCAGGAGCGAAACUCUUGCUUUUCUAAAGAGAUACGGGACCGCUGUUAUACAUCUCUACAUUCAACACUCAGACAGCAAAGACAUAAAUUUUCUGCUCGCCCUGGCAAUGACCCUUAAAUCUGCAACAGACAAUUUGAUUUCAGAUACUUCGUAUCUGAUUGCCAUGCUGGGAUGCAAUGAUAUUUACAGGAUUACAGAGAAGCUAGACAACUUAGGAGUCAAGUAUGACUCCACUGAACCGUCGAAACUUGAACUUCCUCAACCUGGGACACCCAUACCGGCUGAAAUACACCAUAUCCUGUUAAUGGACCCAAUGAACGUGUUUUACCCUGGAGAGUAUGUUGGAUAUCUGGUUGAUUCUGAAGGAGGCGAUCUAUAUGGAUCCUAUCAGCCAACGUACACUUAUGCUAUUAUAGUCCAGGAGGUUGAAAGAGAGGAGGAAGAGAAUCCGAGCUUUUUGGGAAAGUACUUUCAAAUUGACAUUGGCUACAGUGAGUACAAGAUUGUGAGCUCCCUAGAUUUGUAUAAGUUCUCGAGACAAGAUGAUACUUCACAUAUAAGGGACAGCUCCCCAUCCACACCAACAAGCCCUUCAGAAUGCCCUUCUCCGGGCCCUCACAUGGCGUCUCCACUAUUCCCUAGAAAGGAGAGCCACAAAGCACCUCCUUCAAAGCACCAAUCACCUAAAAAAUUAAGACUGAAUGCUUUACCGGAGAUAAUUAAAGAAGUGACCUUAGUGAUAGAGCAAGCCUGGAGGCUCCCUGAGUCAGAAAGGAAAAAGAUUAUCAGAAGGCUGUAUCUCAAGUGGCACCCAGACAAAAACGCUGACAAUCUAGACAUCGCGACGGAAGUGUUCAAGCACUUGCAGAAGGAGAUCACCAGGAUGGAGAAGCAAAGCUUAGCAGACCAGAAUGCGGACAGAGCCUCCAGGAGGCAGUUUUCUGCAUCUUCUUCUGCUCGAUUCCAGUCCGAGAAGUUUUCAUUCCAAAGGUUUUACACGUCAUGGAACCAGGAAGCAACAAGCCAUAAAUCGGAGAGACAGCAUUACAGAGAACAGUACACAAGCUAUGCAGGAUCGGCACAGUCUUCCCGUUUCUUUGUACCCCCUACCUUCAAAUCAGUAGGCAAUCCAGUAGAGGCACGCAGGUGGCUGAGGCAAGCGCGUGCAAACUUCUCUGCGGCAAGGAAUGACCUCCACAAAAAUGCAAACGAAUGGGUGUGCUUCAAGUGCUACCUUGCCACCAAGCUUGCUUUGAUAGCUGCAGACUACGUAGUCAGAGGGAAAUCUGACAAAGACGUCAAGCCAGCUGCCCUCGCGCAGAAAGUAGAGGAGUACAGCCAACAGCUGGCCGGACUUACGAAGGAUGUGCACAUUUUGGAGGGUUACGGUGUGGACAGUUUAAGAACCCGCUAUCCAGACCUUCUCCCCUUUCCUCAGAUCCCAAACGAUAGGUACACUUCAGAAGUGGCGAUGAGGGUGAUGGAAUGCACAGCUCGGGUCAUUCUUAAACUGGAGAGUUUCAUUCAGCAAAAAAUCUAACUCAGCAGCUAUUGUCAGUGAAAAAUGUGCAUUGCAACUCAUGUAUGGAAAGCUGUGUGUAAUGUAGAUGAAUAUCAUAGCGUUGAGGCAAAACAAAAGAAUGUAUGUAUGUUUCUGGCUGGCAGCUUAAAUAUGCAGUGUCGCUACUGUACUAUACGUGUGCACAUAACAUUUAGAGUGUUGGCUGCUUCAGAGUUGAAAAGCAGCACCCAGUUAUCUGAGCCUGAAAAUCGUAAGCAGAUUAUUUUGUUUUCAAUGUGAAGUCCCAACCAGUUUAUUAGCUGUACAUAUGAAAUCCUCAGUAAAGAAAUACACACCCUAUUUUUUAACCAAAGGUCACAUUAAUUAUAUAGACUUCCAGGACAAAAAAAAUAUAGAUGCUGCUGUCAUGUACCCAGUAUUCACAUUGUGUGAAAAGAUAAGGGUUGCACAGUAACUAUGCUUUUUACUCAUGAAUAUCGUAACAAAAUAACAGUUACUAACUGCACUACAGUAUUUAAAAAAAAAAAAAAAAUCUGUUAGGAUUUACACAGUAUAGGGAAUCUGAAUGUAGCAGCUUUCCUUCAUGUUCUGUAAGUGUUUUUGUUAUUUUACCGAUCAGCUGGACCUGAAGAAAAAAAAAAAAAACUUUUUUAAUUUCGUUUUUUAACCGAUAGUUCUUUUUUCAACGGUACGUCAUUUAACUGCUGUGCAUUUUCAUGUCAAGUGGGCACAUCAGAAUCAAACAUUUUCAUCCAACAGCUCUGCACUUUUAGAACAAUUUGCACUUACCUUGUGUAUAUAGCUCGUGUAUCUUUUGCCUGGGGACACAUGUAGAAAUCACCUGUCACAGGAGGUCUGACUCGUACUGCAUUUGGUAAAGCAAACCAAAGGCACCUGUUUAUUUUUCAGUAGGCGCAGAAGAAGUUGACUGUUUAGUCUUGUGCAUUUCUUUUUAUUUGUUUUAUUUGUCACUGUUGCACAGGAACAGGGUGUUACAAACUGCCCUCGUAUGAGCACAACUGUGCAAACACUGAGCUCAAACCUGCCAAGUAACCCGGUUCUAGGUUAUCAAUAGGUUGACCUUAUUAUUAACCUGACUCUGCUCAAAUCAUUCAUGGCAUGGUUUGUUAACACACAGCAAUGGGAAGAAUGUUAUUUUAUGAACCACUGAAUACACAACUGGAGUUUGUAGAGACCUCUGUACACAGGCACAUUUUUACAUACAGUAUACAUCAUGCAUACAAUCAACGGCAAAGUCAUUUUUAACUGGGAAAUGGUGUUUCUGAGAACGAAGGCGAUGUGAUUAUUUAAUUUGCCUUUUUUUUGCCCCAAAUAAAAUGUUAGAAAUGCUGUUGUUAUAAUUUGUUCAUGUCUUUGGUAUAAGUCUUGAAUUAUUUCAUAGUGGAAAGCUGCAACCUACAUACUUCAGAGGUACUGGGGUGAUUUGAUUUGGUUUGAUUUCUUUUUGUAUUUGGUGUAAAUGUUUACUUUGUGCCAUUCGGGUUACAUGGGAAGAAUAAUCAGGAAAUCAUUGUUGAAAUUACAUGUACUGUAAACAUGGUGGGUGUCAUUGUCAUCUUGCAUGUAUGUUACUUUAUUAUUAUUUUUUUAAGGUGAUCACAUUAUUUUCCAGUUGUAUGCAUAUUAAGGUGUUACAGCCUGUAACACUGCUUUAAGCCUGUGGUUAAGAGAAAUGCUGAUUUGGAGAAAUAAGUGUGUCGGCACUGGAAAUGAAACGUCAUGUCUUCCUGCUGAUGUACAGUGUGCCAUAGUAUCAAUAAAGCAAAAAGGAAUGGA